AUGUCGAAUUUGGCUUACAUCAACCCUGGAGGAAGACAAGCUCGAAAAGCUAGCGCCUUGGAAAUAAAUAUGGUUGCUGCUCGUGGCUUGCAGGAGGUUUUAAAGACAAAUUUGGGACCAAGAGGAACGAUGAAAAUGCUUGUUUCGGGGGCUGGUUUAAUUAAAAUUACGAAGGACGGUAACACUCUUUUAGGAGAAAUGCAGAUUCAGCAUCCUACUGCAGCCUUGAUAGCGCGUGCCGCGACUGCCAUUGAUGACAUUACUGGUGAUGGUACUACAAGCACAGUUCUCGUUAUUGGUGAAAUGAUGCGGCAAUGUGAAAGAUACAUACAAGAUGGGCUUCAUCCUCGUAUUUUAACAGAAGGCUUUCGUCUGGCUCGUGAAGAGGCCUUACGGUUUCUUGAAGAAAGUAUUUGUAAGUUUUCUGCAGAAGAAAAACGUGAGUUUUUGACGAAUGUGGCUCGUUCUGUACUCGCUACUAAGGUUGGUUCACAUAUGUCGGAGCAUCUCGCAGAGGCUGUUGUGGAUGCUGUUCUUGCUAUUGUUCCAUCAGAUGGGAAGGCUAUUGAUUUACAUAUGAUUGAGAUAAUGCAUAUGAAACAUCGCCUGAGUACAGACACUCGUUUUGUAAAUGGUAUUGUUUUGGAUCACGGUGGCCGCAAUGAUGAUAUGCCAAAAUAUCUUGAAAAUGCGUACAUUUUGACCUGCAAUGUUUCCCUCGAAUACGAACGAAGUGAACUUAAUACAGGUUUUUACUUUAAAGAUCCAGAGGAGAAGGCCCGUAUGGUUGCCGCAGAGCGAAAGGUAACUGACAAUCGUGUUCGGGAUAUCAUUGCCCUUAAGAAGCAAGUGUGCACCAAGGAAAACAAACGCACCUUUGUGGUAAUUAACCAAAAGGGAAUUGACGGUAUCGCUCUAGAAAUGCUGUCAAAGGAAGGUAUUUUGGCUCUUCGUCGUGCUAAGCGUCGUAACAUGGAGCGUCUUGUUUUAGCUUGUGGAGGCGAAGCUGUAAACACAACUGAAAAUCUUACACCUGAAGUACUUGGAGAAGCUGGUCGCGUGCAGGAAUUUACUCUUGGAGAUGAUAAGUACACAUAUGUUGAAGAUGUCAGUAAGGGAGAAAGCUGUACUCUUGUUGUCAAGGGACCAAAUGAUCAUACUAUUGCACAAAUCAAGGAUGCCAUCCGAGAUGGUCUUCGAUCUGUUAAAAAUGCGUAUGAAAGUGGUGGCGUUAUUCCUGGUGCUGGUGGAUUUGAAGUGGCCCUUCAUGAUCAUCUGAUCCGUUUUGCUGACACUGUUACAGGAAAGCAGAAAAUCGGAGUGCGUGCAUAUGCUGACGCCAUGCUUGUCACACCGAAGACGUUGGCAGAGAACUCAGGUCUUGAUGUCCAACAGUGUCUCAUUUCUCUACAAGAAGCCAGCCGUGCUGCACGUUUGGAAAAUCGAUGGGUAGGACUUCGUCUCGAUACAGGAGGUGUAGUUGAUCCUCUGGCGGCUGGUAUACUGGAUAAUGUAAUUGUGAAAAAGAGUAUUAUAGAGACUACGGGAGAUAUUGUGGCCCAACUGCUCUUGGUGGACGAAAUAAUGAAGGCUGGACGUCGUGGUGCAGGUGGUCCCCCGCCACAAUAG